AUCGUUGAAUUAAGGCGCACCGGUGCGGACUGAGGAGCAAUGCGUGGGUAAGACCAGAUGUAGCUACUUAAACUGAGACCUUAUCUAUCCACAUUGACACACACAGUGGGUCACUGUGUACGGCUGAGGAUUCUUUUCAUCUCUACGUUUAUGAAAUGCUCAUUCCUGCGCGCGUUUGAAUGAACUUUGGCUGAAGAUGAAUAAUUGUGCUUUGCAAAACACCUUCACGAGGAAGCCAAUUCACAAAACUUUCUAAAGAAAAUCCUGCAUAUUCGGUGCACACAAUACUUAAAACGGUGUUUAAUGGACAGAUACUGCUCAAAAAUGUUUAAAGCAGGUAAACGUGCUUGGGUUCUUUUAAGCGUGCUGCUGGCUGUUUGGAUAGUGCGCGCGAUCAGCUUCCCAACGAGUCAUCAGAGCGCAAACACUGCAUUCAGACACGGCGUCUCUGGAGAGCAUAAACAAUUUCAGAAAACUUCCAGAGAUGACCAUGACCAUAACCUCCUGAAUGAUCGGAAUCAAGUCCAGAGUGAUUUGGCGGAUUCACGUUCCCACCAACACAGGUGGAACCAGCAUCAAUCCACAGGUGUCCUACCUCAGCCUGAGCCCGAGGAAGAAUCCAAACCUUUUGUUCUAGACCUAAAAAACUUCCCCGACCUGGUGAAUGCUGAUAUUGGCUCCCAAAACCCCAACAUUCAGGUGACUAUUGAGGUGUUGGAUGACCCUCACCUGGAAGCAGAUGUGGACCUUGUUAAAGAAUGGAAUGACUACUGGCCUACGUCUUCCUCUUCUUCUGUAGACUGGCUGGGAGGGAAAAAGCUGUUUUGGCCUUUGUUCUGGGGUUACACGGAUGCAGAUGAGGAUGAGGAUGGUACAGGCCAAACUGAGGAGGAAGAGGACGACUACAUAGUGGAGUAUGACAGUGGCGAGCCCCUUCCUAGUGGGCUGGGAGGAGAUUGGGAAGAACCAUUGACUCCUGCUAUAAUCCACUAUGAAGAGACAGAGGAAUGGAGUGCGUGGACACUCUGUAGUGUUGCCUGUGGCCAUGGCAACCAGACACGUUCACGUUCAUGCGGAGAUUUCUGCACAUCAACUGAGUCCCAAAGCUGUGACCUUGCCCCAUGCCCAGAUGAUUUAAACAGUGUGGCUGAAGUCUUUCCAUUCGAGAUGGAGAAUGGUACAGAACCUUUUGGCACUGAUGUUGACAGCUGUGAGAAUUGGUUAAACUGUAAGAGUGAGUUUCUCCAGCGUUACCUACAGCAGGUCUUGACUGAAUUACCCAGCUGCCCUUGCACCUAUCCCUCAGAGGUCUCCAACAGCAUUAUCAACCUGCUGGACAUGGGACGUGACCGGACCUUCCGAUGGAGGGAUGCUAGCGGUCCUAAAGAACGGCUGGACAUCUACAAGCCUUCUGCGCGCACCUGCUUGCGCUCCGCUCUCACGGGAGAUGCCACCACACUUGGUGUCCAGCAUUGUUGCUAUGACGACCACAGGCAGCUAAUCACUAGGGGCAAGGGGGCAGGUACCCCCAACCUCAUAAGCACAGAAUUCUCACCGGAGCUGCAUUUCAAGGUGGACGUUCUGCCCUGGAUACUGUGCAAAGGAGACUGGAGCAGGUUUCAUGCUGUCCUUUCGCCCAAUAACGGCCUGCACUGCACAGAGAACCCACACCAGGACGUCUACAUGAACGAACUGCAGGAGGCCAGAGAAUAUUAAAGCACCAAACUACUGUCUACCGUCCCCGCCAUCUGCAUUCUGCCAUGGUGCUCAGCUCUUGUGGGACCCAUUGCUGUAACUGUGCAUUGCUUCUUGUCAAGUAGCUGCUUUUGUAACUUUUUGAGUUUUGUGGCUUUGGUUUAUAUGGUUCAUAAUUGAAUGAUGCGAGUGUAAAAGCAGUAUUUGGGUAAACUAUAUAAUGUUUCAAAAACCUUUUCAGUGGAAUACACACCUUAUUUUUCUACUUUUCUUUAAUUCACCAAUGAAACAAUCUAAGUGAAACACAGAUUUGUUUUAGUAGCUGGUAUGUCCCCUUUUUUGCUUUGUUGACAAAACUUUGAGAUUUGAGAAUGUUCCAAAGAGCAUCUUGUGAAUUCUGAAAGCAAUGUGAUAUUUUGUACAAAGGUAUUAACAUAGUCAAUGCCAUUUGAUUGAAAGGUGACAUUGAAAGAUCAUUGAAUUCGUGUCAAAUAUUAAACAAAUUUUGUGAAUUAUAAAAAAAAUCAUUUUUCCAGGUUUAAAUCAGAUUUCAAUGUGGUCUCAGAUUUUUGAACCACUGCAUUUGCUUCAAUAACAAUGUUGCUAUGACUAUUGGAAGCAUGGAUCAAAUACAGUCAGAUCAACAGUCAGAGAUGUUUUAUUGUUAAUGUUUUCAAGAACUUAUGUAUACUCCAAUAUGCUUUCUCUCUAUAUUCUCUUGUUUCCAAACUAGUUGUAUGAGCAUGUUUGUGAGUGAAUUUGGCAUAUUUUCACUGUCAACUCAGGGUAAAUCUCUAUAAGUUCAUUUUGAUUUUUGAUAGAGUCUAUGAUUUCUGAAUGAGAAAUAGCAGACAAGAGAAUAUUUAAGAAUAUGGAUUGUUACAAUGUUGUACUUUAUAUGAUGUUCAUGUGCAGUUUAGUGGCAGGUUGAUCUGCGAAUGUGCAUUUGGUGUGUUCAUUUUGUGGUUGUUUAUCAUGCCUUGUCAUUGCAGGUGAGCUGCUUGCUCCAGAAAUCCAAUUUAAUGUGCACUUUAUUUAACGUUUAUUCAAAUAACAUUUUUGCUGAUUAUGUUAUAAAGGGAUUGUUUUCCCUGGCCAUUGCAACAUUAAUGGCAAGAACAGUAUUUUUGUCGUUUUCUGAAUUAGUGUUUGGGUAUGUGAUUGUACAGUAUUUAUUGUGUUGACGCUUUGAUCUAAUUAUUCAUUCAGAUGGUGCACUAUCCAGAAUUCAUCAGGACACUUACUUAAAAAAGGGAAAUCAUAUUGUCACACAACUCUUUUGAGAGUAACACAGGUUUAUGUUUAUUAUUGUUCUAUGUACUUUCUGAUGCUUUGCAAGUGGCAAACUCUAUUAAAACA